AGAUUUAUACGUAGUCACUAAAUUGAUAUCAUCAUUUCUAUGUCAAUGUUUUGGAGUUGAUGAUUAUAAAACAUGGUUAAGAACCUGUUUCUUUUUAAGGCCUUUGAUUUGAGGAGUGAAGUUGCACACACUAUCCUCAAAAUUCAAAAAAUAUACAAAUAAACUGAGAGAGAAAAGGAAGAGAGUGUGUGGGGGAAAAUGGCAGCAAGGCAAAUGGAAGACAUACAGAGAAAACUGGCGAUGCUGAAUUACCCAAGAGCCAAUGCUCCUGCUUAGUCUCUCCUCUUCGCCGGCAUGGAACGCUACGCUCUUCUCGAGUGGCUCUUCUUCGGCUAUUGGGUGAUAAAUCACCUUUCUCACAACAAAGUACACAAGGGGACGCCAUGGAUCGUGAUGAAGAGACUUCUCACAUCCAAUGGUGAGGGCAUUGAAGGUGGAACAAAUCAACAAGCUUGGGAUAAGUGGUCAAAUGAUGGCACAGAACAGCAAGUAACAAAGCUGAUGGAAGAAGAUGUAGGAGUUGCCAUGCAAUUCCUUCAGUCCAAGGCUCUCUGCAUCAUGCCCAUAUGUAGGAGCUUGGGAUAACUAUUCAUUCUUUUUCCCAGUUUCGUCAAACUAGGAGUGUUUCUCAUGCCUGGAAGAAAAAACCCGAGGCACUUGAUGUCCUUGCCAUAGUCAAGUCCAGGAAGGAAUUUUCCAAAGCUGAAUGGAAGUGCUGGUCUUCUAGUAUCAGUGGUGGGGUUAGUGGUUGAUGACCAAAAUAUUUGGUGGUAAUUGUUUCUUUUUUGGAUAAUGGGUUGUGGGGCAUUUAAAAGGGACA